AUGAGGCUCGCAGUCGUAGGCCGUGGACGAAAUCAGAUCGCAUCGCGGCCGCCCGAUCGAUGCACCCGCUUACCCUGUCCUCCACCGCGCUCCUCCGCCUCAUCAAGUCGCUGUCGCCGGCGACGCCGCGGGCGCACCUCUCGGCCUCCGGUAUCCACUGUCUCCUCUUCAAAGCUGGGCUCCUCCACGCUGGGGCGCACCUUCCCACGGCGCUAUUAUCCGCGUACGGUGCGCUCGGUCGUUCGGGCCAUGCUCGGGACCUGUUCGAUGAAAUGCCUAACCAGAGCCUCGUCGCGCGCACUGCCAUGGCGCGUGCCCACGCGGUGUCCGGGCAGGCGGCCCAGGCUCUGGAUUUGUUCCAGGACAUGAUCGCGGACGGCUUCAUGCCAGACAAUGUUGCCCUGGCGGUUGUGCUUGCCGCUUGCCACGGAGCUGGUUCUUGUACGGCCAGGAGGAGCCCAGGCAGGAUGGUCCAUGCUUUCAUAGUGGCCUGUGGCAUUGAGCCUGAUGUGUUCGUAUCUACCGAACUUAUUAGGGUCUAUGGGGAGCGCGGUGAGAUGACUGUUGCUAGGAGAGUUUUUGACAGCAUGCCAACGAAGAGUACCAUUGCUUGGAACACCAUGGUGCACCAGUAUGUUAGGAAUAAAGAUAUUGAGGCUGCAUAUCGGCUCUUUCUUGCGAUGCCAAGGAGGGAUGUGGUAUCAUGGAACACAGUGAUAGCCGGGUAUUGCCUGGUUGGUCGGUGCAAGGAGGCAUUAGGGUUAUUCCGUCAGAUGGUAUCUCCAUCAUCAUGUACGGUGCACCCAAAUGGGCCUACAAUGAGCACUGUCCUUAGUGCUUGUGCAGGUGCAGGUUGCUUGGAGACUGGGAUUUGGGUCCAUCUGUAUAUUGACAAGAAUCAGAUGAAUGACAACGGCACAUUGGAUAGAUGCUUGAUAGACAUGUACGCCAAAUGCGGAAGCAUUGACAAGGCCUUACAAGUGUUCGAGAAGGCACCUGGGAAGAGGGACUUGUACUCAUGGACAACCGUUAUCUGUGGACUUGCAAUGCAUGGUCGGGCCAAUGAUGUGUUGCGGAUGUUUAGCAUGAUGCAAGAUAGUGGUAUGUGCCCUGAUGAUGUUACAUUUGUGGGUGUCUUAAACGCCUGUGCACAUGGAGGGUUGGUAGACGAAGGUCUUCACCACUUUUACUCCAUGCAGGAGAAAUAUAGAAUAACACCCAAGAUUGAGCACUAUGGUUGUAUGAUCGAUCUUCUUGGCCGCGUUGGGCGAUUGCCAGAAGCAUAUAGGAUGAUACAAACAAUGCCAAUGAAGCCUAACAUGGUAAUAUGGGGAGCUUUCUUGAGUGCAUGCAAAGUUCAUAGCAGUGUGGAACUUGGUGAGAUUGCGGCAGCAGAAGUCACUAGGUUGGACCCAGAUGACCCUUGGGCAAGGGUGAUGAUGUCCAGCAUGUAUGCAAAAGCCCAGGAUUGGAGCGGUCUUGCCAGGGAGAGGAGGGAGAUGAACAGUUUGCAGAUGAAGAAGACUCCAGGGUGCAGCUCGGUCGCGCUUGAUGGUGAGGUGCAUGAGUUUGUCGCCGGUGGCAAUCAGCAUCCUCUGUGUGCUGAGAUCUGCUCUGUACUGGAGACUGUUGAGGCACAGUCACAUACAGGUUGAGGCAUGUGCGGUUCUUCUAGUGGAGGUUUUCGUUCUUCUGGCUGAUUUUGGCGUACGAGGCAUUGACGGUGAAGAUUUAUUGUGCGUUCACUAGGCAGUGCUGAGUUGCUUCAUUUGCACUUCGGCAUGCAGAGGACCUGAGAAAAGAUCAGUUGAUUUCUAGGUCAUAUUGCGCAAUGCUCAUGAAGUUACACUGCAAGCGCCGAGUAAACGUUGAAGUUGUUAUUGCCAAUGCACACAAUUCAGUAUCAAUUUGGUGAAGCUAAGAUGCCUGAGCUGGAAGCUGAGUUCAACAUCCCAGAUUUUUGUAGCAUAUUCUUGAAGAAGCCAAGACAUGCUAUGCUGUACAAGCUGUUAAGCUCAUCAUGAUUGCUGAAAUGGGGAUGCCACAAUUGCAUUGUUGCAGGAGAAAAAUCUUAUUUAGGUGACAACCGAUGCAGCAGUGAGGUAUAGAAGGAAAAAUCCUACUGGCUACUGCAGUACUGCUGAAUCGAAUGGAUUCUGGACAUUGGUUUCACUGUUUGGUUUCAGUGGUGUUUAUUAUUCAAUGCUAUUGCCAAUCUGGAAAACUGGUAAACUUUAGAAACCACUGCACUGUGGUAGACUGUGAAGUCAAUACCAUAGCAGUUUCGGUCCAAGAGGACAAAUUACUUAACCUGUUUAUUAAGGUAGUGUGCGGCAGUUUUUUAUUUUGGAAGGAAAGAAGAUAUCAUUAAGGUCCCGCUUGGGAGGUAUGGAAAUAUAAACCCGUGGAAACACUUUCAGGUGUGUUAUACUUGCCCCUUGAAAA